AAAAAAAAAAAAAAAAACUGUGGGAGUUAAUUCAUUAGUCGAAAUAACGGGAAGGAUAUAGUCUGAUGGGGAGAAAGAAGCCAAACGCCCGUGACGAUGAGAGCGGCCCGGCGGUGGCAGCUGCAGGAGGUAAAUCGAAGAAGAAGGGUUUUGUAAUUGCAGAUGAUGAGUAUUCUAUUGGAACUGAAAUCUCGGAGGAUGCUGUUGUACCCAAAGAGAGUGUGGCGCUGCCCGUUGGCAACAAAAAGAAGGGAAAGAAAGGAGUUACCAAAAAAACAGCUCCAAAGGACGAGGAUGAAGAUGUGAACGGUAAUGAGGUCAGGGAAGAGGAAGCGGAUGAGGAAGAUGUUCCUGCGAUCAAGUUUGCUGGGAAAAAGAAGGCUAAGGGGAAGAAGGGCAGCAUGUUUAGUGCUUCAGCAUUUGGAUUAUUGGGAGAUGAUGAAGAUGGGGAUGAUGAUGAGGCGAAGGAUAAUGGUGACGAGGAUGAAGAAGCAGAUGAGCCGGUGAUUGAAUUUUCUGGAAAGAAGAAGCCUUCAAAGAGUAAGAAGGGCAGUGGCGGUGGAUCGUCUGCGUUUGAGUUGCUCGACAAUGAUGAGGAUGAAGAGGGUAGGGACAAAGAGGAGAGUUCUAAGGAGGAAGAAGAAGAUGCUGGCAUUACAUUUACGGGUAAGAAGAAGAAGUCAUCAAAGGGUUCGAAGAAGGUUUCUGGCAACUCUUUUGCGGCUGUGCUUGAUGAAGAAAAUGAUGAGGAUGCUUCCGUUUCAAAAAUUGGGGAUGAUACGGCAGAAGGUGAUGAUGAUGACCAGGAGCAAGUAGUUAAAUUUUCGGGUAAGAAGAAGUCGUCUAAAAAGAAGAACAUGACUUCUGAAAAUGGGAGUGGUGAUGCAACCUCUGAUUCCCUUGAACCGAGCCAACACCCUGAUGAACCUAAAACACAGAAGCAGACAAAUGAAGCUGUUGCGGAUACUUCGAAGAACAAAAGGAAGAAAAAGAAGGGUGGGAAAACUGGUCAAGAAGAAGAUGACUGGGAUAAAAUCCUCACUGAAUUUGGUGCGGGACCUCCUGAUUCGAAACAUGUUUCAACUUCUGUGGAUGCUCCAACUGCACCCCUUCCGGAAGAUAAGGUACAGAACCAGCCCGAGGUUGAAGAUGAAAAAGAAGAAGAUGGGCCUGCGGAGUCUGCAGCUGCAAAGAAGAAAAAAAAGAAGAAGGAAAAAGAAAAGGAGAAAAAGGCAGCAGCUGCUGCCGCUGCAGUUGAGGAAAAACAGAAAGAGACCGAAGCCGAGGAAAGUAAAAUGGCUGGGAAGAAAGUUCCCAAGCAUGUUAGAGAGAUGCAGGAGCGACUUGCCAAACAGAGGGAAGCUGAGGAGAAGAAAAAACGGGAAGAAGAGGAGCGAUUGAGGAAAGAAGAGGAGGAAAGGCUUCGGAAGGAAGAGGAGGAAAGGAUAGCAGAAGAGAAAAAGCGGUUAAAGAAAGAAAGAGAGAAGGAGAAGCUUUUGAAGAAAAAGCAAGAAGGGAAGCUUCUCACUGGGAAGCAGAAGGAAGAAGCUCGUAGGCUAGAGUCAAUGAGGAAGCAAAUACUAGCUAAUGCUAACUUGGAAAUAUCCACAGGAGAAACUGUUGGGGCACCUGCUAAACGACCUCUAUAUCAGAAGAAAAAGCAAAAGCCAGUAGCUCAAUCGAAUGGAGCAGCCACAUCAGACAGUGUUGAAAGUGCAGUUCCAGAGGAGAAUCAGCAAGAAGCUGUAUCCAGACUGGAUUCUGUGGAAAGUGAGAAUGUCGAGGAUGUUGCUUCAGCGACUGUAAAGGAUAAAAAUUACGAUUCUGCUGUAGUUCAAGAAAAUGUAGUGGAUGAGGAGGAAGAAGAAGAUGAUGACGAAGAAUGGGAUGCUAAAAGCUGGGAUGAUGCUGAUCUGAAAUUGCUAGGAAAAAGUGCAUUUGCUGAUGAAGAAGUUGACUCGGAGCCUGAACCUUUGCCCAAGAAAGAGAUAAAGAGUGGACGUACUUCAACUCGAGAUGUUGAGGUACCGCACGUUGCAGCCAAGACAGUUGGUACAAGUGCCAAUGUUGCUUCAGUGAUUCCACAGAGAUCUGAGAAUGUGGACAUUAGAAAAAAGAACUCUGAGGCUGAGGAUGCCCACAGGAACAAUAAUAAGGUUCGUGUUCCUGAGAAGGACAAAAAAGAAGUUCUUGACAAGAGAGAGGAACGUCAAAAGUCGGAUAAUCAGCCUGCCCCGAGUGAGCAGAAUUUGCGGUCCCCAAUUUGCUGUAUCAUGGGCCAUGUUGAUACUGGUAAGACAAAAUUGCUUGAUUGCAUAAGAGGUACUAAUGUCCAAGAAGGUGAGGCUGGUGGGAUUACACAGCAAAUUGGAGCAACCUAUUUCCCUGCUGAGAACAUUCGUGAGAGAACGAAGGAACUCAAAGCUGAUGCAAGACUGAAUGUCCCAGGUCUAUUGGUGAUUGAUACACCUGGUCAUGAAUCUUUUACUAAUCUGCGUUCCCGAGGGUCAGGGUUAUGUGAUCUUGCGAUUUUGGUGGUUGAUAUAAUGCAUGGGCUGGAACCACAAACCAUUGAAUCUCUCAAUCUAUUGAAGAUGAGAAAUACUGAUUUCAUAAUAGCCUUGAAUAAAGUGGACAGAUUGUAUGGAUGGAAAACAUGUCGCAAUGCACCGAUACAGAAAGCAAUGAAGCAACAGACAAAAGAUGUUGAUAUUGAGUUUAAUCAUCGGCUUAAGGCGGUUAAAGAUCAGUUGCAGAUUCAAGGUCUAAAUACUGAGUUGUAUUACAAGAACAAAAACAUGGGUGAAACAGUAAACAUCGUCCCCACUAGUGCUAUAAGUGGUGAAGGUGUUCCUGACUUGCUGUUGGUGCUGAUUCAAUGGGCACAGAAGACAAUGAUUGAAAGACUUACAUACAGCAAUGAAGUGCAGUGUACUGUCUUGGAGGUGAAAGUUAUUGAAGGACAUGGGACAACAAUUGAUGUGGUUCUGGGACCAAUUGUGACCACAAUUAGAGCCUUAUUAACACCACAUCCGAUGAAGGAGCUCCGAGUCAAGGGGUCUUAUUUGCAUCAUAAAGAAAUCAAGGCUGCUCAGGGUAUCAAGAUCACAGCCCAGGGCCUUGAGCAUACGAUUGCAGGGACCAGUCUUUAUGUUGUGGGGCCACAUGAUGAUUUGGAAGACAUCAAAGAAGCAGCUAUGGAAGAUAUGAAGUCAGUAAUGAGUAGAAUCGACAAAAGUGGUGAGGGGGUCUAUGUUCAAGCUUCUACUCUUGGGUCGUUAGAAGCAUUGCUGGAGUUCUUGAAGACUCCGGUAGUUAAUAUACCUGUCAGUGGCAUAAGCAUAGGGCCAGUACACAAGAAAGAUGUAAUGAAGGCGAGUGUGAUGCUUGAGAAGAAAAAGGAAUAUGGGACAAUAUUGGCUUUUGAUGUUAAAGUAACCCAAGAAGCUCGGGAGCUCGCUGAUGAGCUUGGUGUAAAGAUAUUUAUUGCGGACAUUAUUUACCACCUAUUCGAUCAAUUUAAGGCUUACAUUGAUAAUCUCAAGGAAGAGAGGAAGAAAGAGGCUUCUGAGGAAGCAGUUUUCCCAUGUGUCCUCAAGAUAAUGCCAAACUGUGUGUUCAACAAGAAGGAUCCCAUUGUCUUAGGAGUUGAUGUCCUUGAAGGCACAGUGAAGGUUGGGACUCCUAUAUGUGUUCCUCAAAAAGAUUUCAUUGAAAUUGGUCGGAUAGCUUCCAUUGAGAAUAAUCACAAGCCUGUUGAUUAUGCCAAGAAGGGCCAGAAAGUGGCAAUUAAGAUUAUUGGCAGCAAUCCUGAGGAACAACAGAAGAUGUUCGGCAGGCAUUUCGAGAUGGAGGAUGAGCUCGUGAGCAAAAUCAGUAGAAGCUCACUUGACGCUCUCAAAGAAAAUUACAAGGAUGAUUUGUCUACUGAAGAGAAAAGGCUAUUGUUUAAACUGAAAAAGCUCUUCAAGAUAACGUGAGUUCUCCAGAACUGGACUUUGUGCAAUCAAUAUUUGUUUGGUGGGAUUUUUUGCGGGUAUCAAAUGUCCGACAGGCGGAAUAUGAGAUGUCUGAGAGGCCAUACACUGAACUGAGUGGAGUUGAUUCUUUCUGUUAUGUCGUCAAUGAUUGUUGAGGUUUUCUAAUCAUAGUAUUGAGCCAAAGGUCACACCUAGUGUUUCUGUACAAUUAGGCAAAUCCUUCUGGUUGUAUGCUUAAUUUCAUUUACGUUUGCAAAACUAAAGGACCUUUGAUGAGAUGCGCCGAAGGGAAAAUUUUUGUGGGGAGUAUGUAACUGGCUGGGAGAGUUUAACUGUAUUUCUCAUCUAAAUAAAUAGAUAAGUCUGGGUUUUUUCAACAGUUUCAGCAGUGUUGUGAUGUACUGAUCCAUUAGUCUAGUUCAGAUUGUAUUUCAUCAAAAUUUGAAUUUUUAGGUUGCAAAAUUGAAAUUCUUGAAAAUUUCCAUGUUGC